AUGGAUAAUGAGCUGCGCAUACUGUCCGACAAGGACGUUCCCUGGGGUGACAAGCAUCCAAGAGAUACGGCUAUCCAGAUAGUCCUCUCCGUCGCGCUUGGGCUAGGAGCUUUCACUACCUUCUGUAUACUACGACCGAGAUGGCCAGGGCUCUACGCAGCGCGCAAGAGGCACAAGGACGAAGCUACAUCCCUCCCCGAGCUUCCGAACUCGUUACUCGGCUGGAUACCAGCACUAUGGAAGAUAACCAACAAGCAAGUGCUGGCUUCAGGAGGACUAGAUGCCUAUGUGUUCCUUGCCUUCUUCAGGAUGGCUAUCAAGUUCCUGUCGAUAGCAUUGGUCUUCGCUUUAGUUGUGAUCAAACCUGUCCACGAUCAGUACCCUGAGCCUUUGCAUUUUCCUGGGAACGAUACAGACCACAAUACAACCGCGUCGGCAAUUUACUCCGAUCAUGCGCGCCUUGCGAGCGGAUUCGACUUCUCGGAAGCAGCUGCGGAGCUGUACGAGACGGAUUAUCUAUGGAUGUACCUGGUCUUUGCGUACUUCUUCACCGGCCUCAUAAUGUAUUUGAUCGUGUCGGAAACUAGGACGAUUAUCGAGAUUCGUCAAGAGUACCUGGGCAGUCAAACUACCAUUACCGACCGCACCAUUCGGCUAUCAGGCAUACCACCCGACCUAAGGUCAGAGGAGAAGAUCAAGCAGUUUUUGGAGUACCUCGAGAUAGGAAAGGUGGAAAAGGUGUCAUUGUGCAGAAACUGGAAGGAGCUGGACGAUCUCAUGGUGGAAAGGAUGACUACGCUCAGAAGACUCGAGGAGGCUUGGACAGUAUACCUUGGUGCCCGUCGCGUCGAGCGUAAUCUAGAGUCACUGCCUGUUUCGCAGCCGUCGCCACCUGGACCAGGCCUUGAUCUGGAUGACGAUGAUGGUGAGGACAGCCAUCUGCUCAGGAACGGCAACAACUACACCGGCAUCGCGCCUUAUCCCCGUGACCGGCCCAAAACGCGUGUCUGGUAUGGCCCAUGGAAACUCCGAUAUCGAACCGUUGACGCCAUCGACUACUAUGAGACGAAGAUGAAGCGGCUUGACGAGCAGAUUAAGGCAUUACGGAAGAAAGAGUUCGAGCCGACUCCUCUUGCAUUUGUCACCAUGGACAGUGUUGCAAGCUGUCAAAUGGCAGUUCAAGCUGUCCUAGACCCGUCGCCAUUGCAAUUGUUAGCCAAUACUAGUCCAGCUCCCCCCGAUGUUGUCUGGCCCAACACGUACAUGCCUCGCUCGAGGAGAAUGCUACAAGCUUGGUCGAUAACGUUCCUCAUCACAGUUCUUACUGUAUUUUGGGUUGCACUUCUUGUCCCAAUUGCUGGCGCAUUGAACAUCGAAACAAUUAAGAGGGUCUUACCCCGACUUGGCAACGCGCUGGAUCAGCAUAGCAUUGUAAGCUCCUUAGUGGUGACACAGCUGCCGACUAUCGCAGUGUCAUUGCUGAACGUGCUGGUGCCGUAUCUAUAUGAUUGGCUCUCGAAUUUGCAAGGCAUGAUAUCUCAAGGAGACGUGGAACUGUCUGUUAUUUCGAAGAACUUCUUCUUCACCUUCUUCAACUUCUUCAUCGUCUUCACUGUCCUCGGAACGUUCUCUGGCUACCUAGAUUUUUUGGAGAAGAUUGGCGAUUCGCUCAAAGACACUCCGAAGCUUGCUCACACGCUUGCAAGCUCGCUAGCUGGCUUGCUGAACUUCUAUGUCAACUUCAUCAUCUUGCAGGGCUUAGGUCUGUUUCCUUUUAGGCUGCUCGAGUUUGGCAGUCUUGCGACAUACCCUAUCUAUCGCAUUGGCGCGAAGACGCCUCGAGACUAUGCCGAGCUGGUACAGCCGCCAAUUUUCAGCUACGGCUUUUACCUACCGCAGACUCUCCUCAUCUUCAUCAUCUGCAUGGUUUACAGCGUUCUCCGGUCAUCAUGGAAGGUCUUACUAGCCGGUUUGGCCUACUUCGUUCUCGGCCAUUUCGUUCACAAAUAUCAGCUGCUAUACGCUAUGGACCACCGGCAGCAUUCCACUGGCAGAGGAUGGCUGAUGAUAUGCGACCGCGUCAUUGUUGGCACCGUCUUCUUCCAGCUCACCAUGGCCGGUCAACUGGCUCUCAACCAAGCGUUCAUCCGAUCCACCCUCAUAUUUCCGCUCAUACUCCUGACGCUUUGGUUCGCCUACGUCUACACUCGCACCUACAGACCCCUGAUGAAGUUUAUCGCGCUGCGGAGUAUUCGUCGAGCCGAGCGUUCAGACCUGGACCCUGGAGUCCAUGAACCGAACCCUUGGGUCGACCCUGACACCGAGGAGGAACAGUCAGAAGUGCAGUACGAUGGGACUGUCGAUGAAGCAGGGGAAACCGACUUACGCUUUGUUAACCCGAGCUUGAUUAUACCGUAA